AUGAAAACUCACCGCAAGGUUCGCAAUGCCAUGGCAAAGGCCGCAGACCGUGGUGACGAUGCAAUUGCUGUCUUGAUCGACUGUUUCGCCGAAUCGGUACAGAAACAAAGUGUUCAGAGACUGGGCAGAAACGAGCUGAACCGAAUCUGCGAGGUUGCAUGUGAAGCGCUUGAGAGGGAUUAUCUGACUGCAGAAGGAAGAGACAUUGUGGAUCUCGUCAUGGAUUUGGUACCCCAAGCUCGAUACAGCAGGUCUCCAUCUCAUUUCCAUCCAUUCGUCAAAAACCCUACUGGAGCGAGUUUUGGCAUCCGCUCGAAGCGUGUCAGAACAGCUGUCAACCAAGUCAAGGUUCUCUACACUCAAGAGGCCAUGAGAGUACCCAAGCCAUCUCUUGGUCGUGAGGUGAAGAAGGCUGAGUACGUCUUGGCUGACGUGGUCGGUCAAUACGCCAGAAGGGAUGGUACGAUGAACAAGACAGAGUACGAGUUCCUUCGUUCGAAGUUCCCAUGGCGCAGAUUCGACUAUGCUGCCGAGUACGACGAGAUCAACCCUGAGAGACUCGAUGUGCUUGUCCUGUUACAGUCAUGGAUCUGA